CGUAAUCUUGGCUGACAGCGUAGCAACAGUUAAAACAAGAAAGUACAUGACCAACAAGCUGGCCACUCUGAAACUCUCCCUAAGACAGAAAUCGGGGAAAAGCUCGCCAAGUUCAAUCAAGUUGUACAAAGUAACCGCUGAUGUUGUCUUUUGCUUUGGGUUGAGGACAAAUCUUGGAGGUG